AUGCUUUCUUGCAGGCUACAAUGUCUUCCCGCAAACGGCUCUGUGAUUCUGAAGAUGAGCCUAACACGGCGAGUCUUAUUGUCUACAUCGGAAACAUCAACUACGACGCCCAAAUCGCAGACUUCGAAAACUUUCUCGCUGGAGCUAAUGGAUGUUACUUGCGCACUGGCUGUUCUAGAAGGUGCUGCAUUCAUGGGAAUGAACAUUACUACUAGAUCAGUUACUGCCAACUUUAUACGUAAACGAGGUCGUCAUGGAAAUGUCAACUCAAACAUUCAGGAGCCUGUCAUUCAACACAACAAGGAUCCCGAACCAACCUUACUGCCACGAGAAUCUAUCGACUCUUACGAUGAUGAGGGAUCGCCUCUGAUGGAAAGUGUGCCAAUCUCUUGCCCAGAAGAACAUCUUUACUUGCAACGCUACCCUCACAAACCACAACCAUACCCCCAAGAGCUCAAGAACGACAAGGCCAAGCUCGAGAAUGAGUGUGAAAUUUCCAUUGUUGAUCGUCCAGACGGAUACUCUAAUGAGCAAAACGAGUUCCUCUCACAAAUUAUCAACGACGGCAAGACGCGACAACCCUGGAUCUAUGUCGAAAGAUACAAUCACGACAGCAACCGAAACGAGUUCAGAAGAAUCGCCCCAUCACAGCUUGAUGUAUCCGAACUACUUGGCUAG